AUGGCCCAAAUCAGCUCAGCCAAACGCGCAUUGGUUAUUCAAUAUCGAUUUCAUGAUAAACUCAGUUUUCCAGCAAUUGCCAGCAAGAUUGAUGGUGUUUCUGCCGCCGCCGCCCAACAAAUCUGUUCUAGAGCCUUUAGACGCGCCGGCACCAACAAUGUCAACACGCUGCUUGAAUAUAGAGAUCCUGCGCCUAGAUCUGGUCGUCCUAGGCGUGUAGAACCUGGAUCUGAAGCGUCAAUUCGAAUCCGAGAAGCAACGCGUGGACAAUACAGGUGGCACCACCAGGUGGAUGCUGCCAACCAAGCGUUUGAGCGCGUACGAAAGGAUCAUACAACAACACAACGCAAGCCACUUGGAACGCUUGAUGCUAAACAAGUUCAUAAUAUCCUUCAAGGAAAAGAACAUUCGCAAGCAGAUCCAAUUGAUUCGAAGCCAAUUCCUCGAAAGCGCACGUUGGAAAAGAAGGCCCUCUCGAAAUUAGACUUAGACGAUCGCAAACGAUAUAUCGAGCUUAUCCUAAGCCUGGAUCCUCACAACACAAUUCUUAUUAGUUGUGAUGAGACGCCUGUUAAUUUUGGAGGCACCGGCCACACGCAUGUAUCUGCUCCACGUGGUGUAGAUAUAUACACAGACGAUGCCCACGAUCCACGGUUUAUCAAGAUGCAAUGGGACGCCGCCAGCAAUGAUGCACGCGUUAAAAGACCAUGCCUUAUUUGGAACUACGAGGAGCAAGAGGAAACAAUAGAUUUAGCGCGAAGAUUGGAUUUCCAGGUGUCUAAAUUAAAGGCUCGAGUGGACCAUAAUAAACACCAAGCAUUAAUUCCUGGCACGCCCCAAUAUCAACUUCUUGUGGAUACAAAUGCCGACAUCGCACGCUAUAAUGCAUCGCUUCCACCUGGCCAACGUGUUGGAAGAAAGCGGCGUAUGACAAUCGAUCGGUUAUUUAAAUAUGAGAAGUUAGAAAGAGACGCUAAAAAGGGGGGGUUAGAUUUUGUUUGGAGGAUUAAUCCAGGAAAGGAGAUCUAUAUUGUUGAGGAUAACGUUGGUGUUCAUUAUAAGGCAAGGCGGUUGUUGGCUGAUCAAAUUCAUGAGCUUGAUAUCAAGUUUCUUGAUACACCAACCAAUUCACCAGACCUAAACCCAAUUGAGCAUCUUCACAAGGAUCAGAAGAAGGAAUUGGCCAGGGCUCGGUUUAACACCACGAGCGCUGGUGCUGCUGUGCAGGCCCAAAGGGAGAAGGAAAUGAUUGUUGUUUGGCAGCACUCAGAAACCUUUGAGAAAAAGGCCUGGCACACAGAUCAAAACACGCAGAACCGGCCUACAGCAAUAGAUACAAAGAUAGCUUGUAAUUUGAUGGUGUUGUGCUCAUUUGAUUGUGGUGGCCGUGCCUCGGUGAUCGCCGAAAAACAACAGACUUUUGCAACCGCGGAGAUGCCUAGAUGCACGUUUAGACUAGAUAUUAUCCUUCUCGCCUACUAUACGGUAUAUACGUUGUCUAGCAUGGAUUUAUGCUGUAUAGCACUACUUCUCCCUCUAUAA